GCCUCCAUCUCAAAGCGUCCCAGAGUUCCUCAUGCUGGCUAGUGGCUAGUCGUUCUGUAUCAGGAGUGGCAUGCUGUGAAACAUGGCUGAUGUAACAGCGCUUUUUGUGUCUAUCGGGCUCAGCGAACAGAAAGCAAAGGAAACUAUAAAAAAUGAUGCCCUUAGCUCGACAUUGAAGGAUGCCAUUUCCCAGGCACAAAAUGUGGUGGGAUCUACCGCGAUUGACAAAGCCAUGGGCACACUCCUGUACAGCAUGGCUUCACGUCUCAAAGAUACAGGUCGCCUGGGCUUCCUGACGGAAUACAUUGCCAAACACAAGAUAACGUCCGAAUUACAGCUUGCAGCUGCCUUGGAGUUUGUGAAGAGCCAUCCUCAAGACCCCUUGGACAGCAGUGCAUUCGAGUCCUCCUGUGGUGUGGGUGUGGUUGUUACCCAUGAGCAGAUAGAGGAUGCGGUUGAGCAGGUGAUCAAAAAGUACAAGAACCAGCUGCUGGAGGAGAGGUAUCGCUUCAACAUGGGAUUGCUUAUGGGUGAGGCCCGUACUGGCUUGAAGUGGGCUGAUGGGAAGGUCAUUAAGAACGAAGUGGAUUUGCAGGUUUUGCAUCUUUUAGGUGCCAAGACCGAGGCAGACUUUGAGAAAAAGCCCAAGGCCCCCAAAGCCAAGGCACCGGAGAAGGAGAAGAAGGAAGUGGAAUUGGCUGUAAAUGGGGACAUGAAGAUGGAGGCCAAGUCACUCUCGGAGCAGUUGAAGGGAGAGGCUUUGAAGUUCCAUAAGCCAGGUGAGAACUUUAAGACGGAGGGAUAUGUUGUCACCCCCAACACCAUGGACUUACUCAAGAAGCACCUGGAGAUUACGGGUGGACAGGUCCGCUCUCGGUUCCCCCCAGAGCCCAAUGGCAUUCUCCACAUCGGACAUGCCAAAGCCAUCAACUUCAAUUUCGGUUAUGCAAAGGCUAACAACGGCAUUUGUUUCCUGCGGUACGAUGACACCAAUCCUGAGAAGGAGGAGGAGAAGUACUUCACUGCCAUCAAGGACAUGGUGGAGUGGCUUGGUUACACACCAUACGCCAUCACACAUGCCUCUGAUAACUUCCAGCAGCUGUAUGACUGGGCAGAGGACCUUAUUCAGAGGGGCCAGGCGUACGUGUGCCACCAGCGCGGAGAGGAGCUGAAAGGCCACAACGUGCCCCCCUCGCCCUGGCGCGACCGCCCCGCGGAGGAGUCGCUGAUCCUGUUCCGCAGGAUGAAGACGGGCAUGUUCGCAGAGGGGGAGGCCACACUCAGGAUGAAGAUGGUGAUGGAGGAUGGCAAGAUGGACCCCGUGGCCUACCGCAUCAAAUACACCCCCCAUCACAGGACGGGAGACACCUGGUGCAUCUAUCCAACAUACGACUACACACACUGUCUCUGUGACUCCAUUGAACAGAUCACACACUCACUCUGUACCAAAGAGUUCCAGGCCAGGCGUUCGUCGUACUACUGGCUGUGUAACGCUCUGGACGUGUACUGCCCCGUGCAGUGGGAGUACGGCCGCCUCAACCUCACCUACACCGUGGUUUCCAAGAGGAAGAUCAUCAAGCUGGUGGAGGAGGGCAUCGUCAGGGACUGGGAUGAUCCCCGCCUCUUCACUCUUACUGCUCUCAGGAGAAGGGGUUUCCCACCACAAGCAGUCAACAACUUCUGUGCACGGGUGGGGGUGACUAUGGCCCAGGUGACCAUCGAGCCCCACAUGCUGGAGGCCUGCGUGAGGGAGGUGCUGAACGAACAGGCUCCUCGUGUCAUGGCCGUAUUGGAGCCCCUCAAAGUCACCAUCACCAACCUGCCUGCUGGAGCACCGACGUCAGUGCAAGUUCCUGACUUCCCUGCAAACGAGGCCAAGGGAAGCCAUACCGUCCCCUUCUCAAAGGUGGUCUACAUCGAGCAGAGCGACUUCAGAGAGGUGAUGGAGAAGGGCUACAAGCGUCUGACUCCAGAUCAGCCAGUGGGCCUGAGGCAUGCCGGCUUCGUCAUCUCUGUCCAGCGUGUCAUCAAGGAUGCCAGUGGUAAGGUGACAGAGCUGGAGGUCACCUGUGCAUCCACAGACGCGGCUGAGAAGCCCAAGGCCUUCAUCCACUGGGUCAGCCAGCCCCUGAAGUGUGAAGUGCGCCUUUACGAGAGCCUGUUCCUGCACAAAAACCCAGAAGACUCGGCUGAAGUGCCAGGAGGCUUCCUCAGUGAUAUCAACCCUCAUUCUCUGCAAGUUAUCAGCAGUGCCUUAGUAGACCAGUCUGUGGCUAAAGCAAAGCUCUUCGAUAAGUUCCAGUUUGAGAGAGUGGGCUAUUUCUCUGUCGAUCCCGAUACAACACCCCAGAAGCUGGUGUUCAACAGAACGGUCACCUUGAAGGAAGAUCCUGGAAAGAUCUGAUGGGUGGAGCCUCUGCUGGCUUCGGUCUUCAGCGGCCAAUGAGCAUCAAGGGAAAACUGUGUAUUUGUAAUCCUCUUCUUCUCUCUGCCACUUUAUGCAACUCGCCGUUUUGCACUGGUGCGGGACGGUGGGCAGCAGGGGGUUGCGAAGGAUCUUUUCUACCUGUUUUAUUGUCACCCUCUUCACACCUUGUCACACCUGUGUGAGGGGUCGAUAGCCAUACAAAAGGUGGCACUAUUUUUCAAACAUCUUGAAAAAUUAAAUGUAUUUAAUGAAACCAA